AAUGAGAGAUCAAUUCCUUCUUUCCUGGGGAAGAAAUUAAGGAGAAACCUUUUCGUGUUAUGAAACUGAGUGUACAAAGCUGAGGAGGUUGAAGGUGGAGACGAGGUGGUCUCUUGAGAGGUUGGGGACAGCAGGUGGGAGCUUUCCAAGCCAGACAAAGGAGACCUGACAAGGAACUGUGGUGAAGGGACAAACCCAAGGCAAAGAAGUGUCCGGUCACCACCUCUCCCGGAACAGGCAGCUGAGACCUGGAGAGACAGGAGACAUCUUGCAAGACUCAACACCUGGAGCAGUGCUAACCAGGUGGGCAGCCCUGAUGUCAGCCAAGCUCUACGUCCUCAUCAGCUGGCCCGAUGGCAGCCGGGUGAUCAGCAUGGAGAACAUCAAGGAGCCCCGCAAGCCCUUCCACCUCUACACGGUGGGUGAGCAGGUGCUGGCCCGCUGCCCUGGCUUCAGCGGGCUCUACUGGGGCAUGGUGGAAGGCAUAAGUGAGCACAAGGAUAUUUUAGAGAAGAAGCUGCUGGAAGACAGACAGCUCCUGGAGAAGUUAAAAGCAGAACCGGCUGUCCACAGCAUGGUGCCGUCCCCACCCAAAAAAUCCAGGAAAACCUUCCCAAAAUGGACCCCGGGGAAUGCAUCCAGGAAAUACCACAGUGACAGGGCCUACCCUGCCAAGCAGCUGCUGAGGACAGGAGAGGACAGGCUGCCCCAUGAUGUUGGCAGCUCCUCCAUCGUCAAGGAGAGACAUGUCCUGGGCAAUGCAGCAGGAAGCCCCUGCUCACUGGCAGGUCCUCCCCACCCGGCCAGCGCCUUCAGACCUCCAUCCACCUUCAUCACCGUGGCCAUGCCGGGGCCAGGGACUUCCCAGGGUGAAGAAGAGAGGGCUGGUCCAGCUACCAGAGAUUACAUUGCCUUGCCAAUGAAGAGGAAGUCAGAUGGCAUCUUGUCCCAGUGCCAGCAGCACAUCUGUCUGAACAGCCGUGAAGAGCAAAAGAUUGACACUUUGCACGAGAUGGAUGACUUCGAGAGGGUUCAAAAAAAUUUUGGUCCUGGUGAGAUGGAAAGGGUGGAGAAGAUAGAGCAGCUGGAGAGGAUGGUGUUGGACCUCCAACAGGAUGUCCUCUCUCUGAGGAAGAAGGUGCAGAGGCUGGAAUCCCUGUCCUUCCAGGAGGAGCCCCACCGGCAGCCGUGCGAGGUGGUGGAGCUCUUCAACGGCUACACCAAGGAACAGCUCAAGGAAACCAUCAGGUUUGACCAGAAAAUCAGCACAGCCUGCAAGACACUGCUCUACAAGCUCUUCACCUCCGACUACAUCCAGAGCCACUCCAUCACGGGGCGGAGGGGCAACACCUUCCGGGAGGCGAAGCCCAUGAUGGACGAGCGCUGCAUCAAAAUCAUCAGGGUGCUGUUGAAGCAGAAGUUUGGAGAUCACCUCAGCGACACCGUGAUCACCGAGAAGAUACAAAAUGUGCAGAAAGCCCUGAGGCAGAAGUUUAAGACAGAAUGUCUCUGAGGCACGGGGCGUGUGGGGGGUACUUGGUGUCUCCUCCUGCCAUCCUCGUGUGUGCACCUGAGCCGCCCUCCCAGGAAAAGAUGAGUCCAAUCUGCUGCUGUUCAGCUGAUUUCCCCCAAGGAGCCAAUCCAAGGGAACCGUGUGCUAAACACAGCUCAAACCUUUCACUGCCAAACCUCUGCCUGCGUUAACUGAGCAGGGAUUCUGCCCAGCUCGGCUGGGUUUUUGCACAUCUUGCUGGCAACUCUGCAGGUUCCUUCCUACCCAGUCUGUGUGUGAACCUCACUGGAGGUGCAUGUUGUUGUCUCUGUGGCUUUUUGAUGAUGUGCUCAAAAGCUGAGGGCUCCUGUUGGGUCCAAGUAUGGGUUAGUAAGUCAGCUCUGUUUCACCUUGCAAUGGGUUAGGGAGAAAUGUUUGCUCUGGAAUAGGUAGUCCAGCUGUGGAUGGAUUGUGUGU